AAACCACAAGACACAUGUGGCAGAAAGUCAUGUGACCAUGCUGUUUUUAAGUUGUAACCUAGAUUUUGCCUCAUGAGAAUUGUUGUUGUGAACAGUGCAGGGACAGUAUAGCAGGUUUGCUGGUGAUUGCUUGCUUGGUUUUAGCAUUUGAAUACAGUCUUGGUACAACAGAAUGAAGGUAGCUGUGAUUGGUCAGAGUCUGUUUGGGGCCGAGGUCUAUCGACUUCUACAAAAGGAUGGUCAUCACAUUGUGGGGGUGUUCACUGUGCCUGAUGUAAACGGAAAACCAGAUCCCCUGGCCCUGGCGGCCGCCAAGGACGACAUCCCUGUCUUUAAGUACAAGCGCUGGCAGGUGAAAAAAGUAGCCAUCCCCGAGGUCCUGCAAGAGUACAAAUCCAUUGGAGCCGAGCUUAACGUCCUCCCGUUCUGUUCUCAGUUCAUCCCAAUGGAUGUCAUCAACUACCCCAAGUAUCAAUCCAUUAUAUACCAUCCGUCCCUGCUACCGAGACACAGGGGGGCGUCGGCUAUUAAUUGGACCUUGAUGCAGGGAGAUAAGACUGGUGGUUUCUCCGUUUUCUGGGCAGAUGACGGACUCGACACAGGACCGAUUCUCCUACAGAAGAAAUGUUACGUUGCCCCCGAUGACACUGUAGACACCAUAUACAACCGGUUCCUGUUUCCGGAGGGUGUCAAGGCCAUGGGGGAGGCGGUACAGAUGAUCCAUCAAGGGAGAGCACCCAGAAUAGUACAGCCUGAAGAGGGCGCCACUUACGACGCAUUACUGAAGAAAUCCAAUGUAAAGAUCGACCUGAAUCAAUCAGCAGAAACUAUUCACAAUUUCAUCCGAGGCUGUGACAAAGUGCCAGGGGCAUGGAUCGAGAUCAAUGGGGAGAAAGUGACGCUAUUUGGGUCUCGUUUGUGGAACAGAAUGGAACCGCGUGGAACUAAAGUAGACCUCCAGGGCUCCAGCAAGCCCGCCAUUGUACACAAAAACGGCAUGGUCAUCUUUGGAAAUGACGGGAAGAUGGUGAAUGUCAGCCAGAUUCAGUUUGAGAACGGGAAGAUGAUCCAAGCCUCCAAGUUUGGAAAAGAGGACACCUCCCAGACCAAGUUAGAACUGACCCCAGAGGAGGAAACCAUGAUCCAAAAUCUGAAGGUGGUGUGGGGCGGCAUAUUGAAUGUGGAAGUGGAGGAAACGACUGACUUCUUCAAAUCCGGGGCAGGAUCUAUGGAUGUUGUGAGGUUGGUGGAAGAGGUCAAAGAGAAGUGUAAUGGAGUCAGCCUUGAGAAUGAAGAUGUUUACAUGAAUGCUGGGUUUGAGGACUUUGCCAGCUGUGUCAUUCGACGAUUCCGAGGGAUCGAGGACAAGGAACCGUUUACGUACGAUGCAGUAAACUUGAGAGUAAACAACAUGGACCUGUCCUUCCCGCACCAGUGUUUCAUUGACAACGAAUUUGUGGAUUCUUCAGAUGGCCGAACGUUUGACACGAUUAAUCCGAGUGAUGAGUCUGUAAUCUGUAAGGUGUCGAGAGGUACGCCAGACGAUGUAAACAGGGCUGUGGAAGCUGCUAAGGUGGCAUAUUAUGAAGGUGAAUGGGGGAAAAUGAAUGCACGGGAUCGAGGAUCUCUCAUGUACAGACUUGCCGAUUUGAUGGAUGAGCACAAGGAAGAGUUAGCUACCCUGGAGACUAUUGACUCGGGGGCGGUAUACACCCUCGCCCUGAAGACUCACGUGGGCAUGUCCAUUGACACGUUUAGGUACUUUGCAGGCUGGUGUGACAAGAUCCAGGGUUUGACCAUUCCGAUCAACAAUGCCCGUCCAAACAAGAACUUGACCUACACCAAACGAGAACCUAUCGGGGUGUGUGCUAUUGUGGUGCCAUGGAACUAUCCCCUGAUGAUGUUGGCAUGGAAAAUGGCAGCUUGUUUGGCAGCAGGAAACACUGUGGUCCUGAAACCAGCACAGGUAACACCUUUGACAGCCCUCAAAUUUGCGGAGCUGGUCGUCAAGGCUGGCUUCCCUCCAGGUGUCAUUAACAUCUUACCUGGACCAGGCUCUUCCAUUGGACAAGCCAUGUCGGAUCAUCCAGACAUCAGAAAACUCGGAUUUACUGGAUCCACUCCGAUAGGAAAAACCAUCAUGGAAAGUUGUGCCAAAGCUAAUCUGAAGAAGGUGUCGCUGGAGCUGGGAGGGAAAUCUCCCCUGAUUAUUUUUAGCGACUGUGAUAUGGACAAAGCUGUUAGAAUGGGAUUGAGUUCCGUGUUUUUCAACAAAGGAGAGAACUGUAUUGCCGCAGGACGACUGUUCGUGGAGGAAUCUAUUCACGACGAAUAUUUGGAACGCAUCAUUGGAGAGAUCAAGAAGAUGAAGAUCGGGGACCCUCUGGAUCGCUCCACCGACCACGGGCCUCAGAACCACAGAGCUCACAUGGAAAAAUUACUAGAGUACUGCGAGGUGGGAGUCAAAGAGGGGGCCAAGCUUGUGUACGGGGGCAAGCAAGUGGACAUGAAAGGACUUUUCAUGGAGCCCACUGUGUUUACGGAUGUCGAGGAUCACAUGUUUAUUGCCCAGGAGGAGUCGUUUGGACCGGUGAUGAUAAUCUCGAAGUUUCAGGAUGGGGAUGUCGAUGGCGUGUUAAAGAGUGCUAACGGGACGGAAUAUGGUCUGGCCUCUGGGGUCUUCACGAAGGACAUUAACAAGGCUAUGUAUGUGGCAGACCACCUCGACGCCGGAACCGUGUUUGUCAACACGUACAACAAAACGGACGUCGCCUCUCCGUUCGGAGGAUUCAAACAGUCAGGUUUCGGAAAGGAUCUCGGUGAGUAGAUGAAAACAAAUAUGCAAGAAACUAUGGCUGUCAUUGUGUAUUGUAAAAAUGAUACAAGUGCAUAUAUUUUUAAUUUUUCUAGAAGACGAAAACGAGAAUGCAAUUUCCAUGUCAUAAUUGGUAGUGUGAAAUAAGCAUAUAUCAGGGGGGGGGGGGGGGGGGGGGGUUAUUUCAUUAGAUUUCAACUACCGGUGGAUACACGUACAUGUGUUUUGUAUGAUGUUUCAAUGUGUAGAAACCAUAUCCAGGAAAUUACAUGCCAUGAGAACUGUUAAGGUCAUGAUUCACAAAAAUCGGCCCCCACAAAUUCAUUACACAAACACUGUGAUUAAAGUGAAGUAAUUUGAUCCAUAACUGGUAAUAAUUUAAUUCUUAUUGUAUCCUUGUCUCUGAUUGGUCAAAUUCCAAUUGAAGAACACAGGUUAUUUUUGUAUAACCUGGUUUGGUCAGCUGGUUUGGUAUGGGGACACACCCACUUGACAACCAGAUGUCGGAACUAUUUUUUUUUCUCUCUCUAAACUUCUAUGGAAUAGAAAGUCAACGUGCACAAUAAGAUACUUCGGUUUGAUACACAUGUUGUUUUCUCGUUGUCAAUAUUAGCAUCUAGGCCUACUUGUACGCAAAUCACUUUUGUUAAACAUCUUUCUCUGUAUGUAUGGUCGAAUAAUACUAUUGAUAGAUUAAAACAAAUAUAUUAUAUUCGAAUUAAUGAUUUGCCAAGUAAGUAUUACCCUGUUCAUUUUGAAAUACAUUUCUCACUGGGGAAAAGAAGGGGGGUGCGUUGUUUCAUUCCUUGAUCCGUCUUUCAACAAAGCAAGCAAAAAUUCAUACGUCACAUUUUAUCACAUGACGUCAGACACAUUGACAUGUGGAUGCUAUUUGUUACUUGCUUACAUAUUUUCUUGUGUCGGAUUUACUAUUAGCGAUAACAUUGCAUACAAGGGUAAGUUUUCAUUUAGUAGAAGUUUUCACAGAGUUGAAAGCCGUAAAUUAUUGCAUUUUCGGAUAUUUGCAGAUUUAUUUUGGGUAGGCCUAAACAAUGCAAUUUCCCGUAUUUUCUCAAUCUGUCGGAGAUGAUCGACUUCAAAGUCGAUCUCUAUCUCUAAAGGGCAGCGAAAUACUCAUUACAUGGAUAGUCUACACAUAUUUUCUAUCAUGAUAAACUUCACUUUCGAUACAAUAUUUUGAUAAAUGGCUAGGCUCCGUAGAACUAAGAUUAAAGAUGGCGACCUUUGGCUUCGCAGCUAGAUCUAGACGCUUCGUGUCGCUGUUGCUAAGUAAAUCAUUGCGCGGCUUGGUUGACUUGUAUUUUUCCGAGUGUAUGUACAUUUUGAUAAACGAAGGUUAGCAUCUUUGUCUCUUGCAUUAAAUUAUAAGGAAUGACUUUAAUUCUGGGGCAAGUUAUACGAGUAUAACCUGGUUUGGGUCAGUUUACGCUUUUUUAUAAUCCGCUUCGCGGAUUAUAAAGCGUAAACUGACCCAAACCAGGUUAUACUCGUAUAACUUGCCCCAGAAUUAAAGUCAUUCCUUAAAUAAUUAGUUGAAGUAAAUUAUCUUCUAAUUUGUCCAUGAAUCUCUAGAAACAGAAGCUUGAAAUAUUGGUGUAUUCGUAGAGCUGAAAAUCAGCAUUGAAGCCUAAUAUUUACCAUGUAUAUUCCUAACUCCUGAAAAUGUCUGCUUGCGAAUUAGCAGUGAAGUUUGAUAAAUGUAUGUACCUUGUGUAUUUAUAACUCCAGAAAAUGUGUGUAUGUGAAUCAACUGCAAUGGUUGAUAUUUUAUGUGUGUAUGUUAAUUCGCUGCAAUGGUUGAUAUUUUAUGUGUGUAUGUUGAUUCGCUGCAAUGGUUGAUAUUUUAUGUGUGUAUGUUAAUUCGCUGCAAUGGUUGAUAUUUUAUGUGUGUAUGUUGAUUCGCUGCAAUGGUUGAUAUUUUAUGUGUAUAUAUGAAUCCGCUGCAAUGGUUGAUAUUUUAUGUGUGUAUGUGAAUUCGCUGCAAUGGUUGAUAUUAGGACGUUCUGAAGAUCUGCAUUUUUUUUUUACCAGAUUAGAAGAAUGAACAAAAAGUUACUUAAUUGAUUAAUACAUAUACUGUACUCAUGAAAAGGAAUAAAGGGAAACGAAGCAAGCAGUUAACAAUUGGGACCAUUGGGAAAUUAUUCAAAAAUAAAAUCGGUGUAAAACCAGGUCUACAAUUUAGUACAGACUGGGGAUAUUUGAAAUACAGAACUUUGAAAUUUUGUAUAACUUCCAGUUACAUUUAUGCAAUAAUGUCAAAGACAUAUUUGUGAAAAUUUUGGAGUUUUGUAAAAAUGUUUAAGUAGUAUGUACAGUAUAUUUUCUUUUCAAGCCAACAUUUUCUUAAUACUUUGAUAAAAUCAUUGUAGUAAUUAUGCAUGAUUUUUUUGUGCUCCCCAGAAAAUGUUUAGGGAGCAUAUAACUCCCAUGUGUGUCUGUCAUCAGAAAUUGAUAUAAUUAAUCAUAAAUGUUCAUUGAUACAAGGACUUUUGAUGCAAUGUAUUUCAAAGUCCUUUUGGAAAGGUAAAGGUCACACAGAACAUAAAAUUUCCUUAUUUCAACGGUUUUUGAUAUAAAAUUUCCCACUUCCUAACAUUUCAUCAGAAAUUGAUCAUAAAUACUCCUUGAGACAGGGACUUUUGGACCAAGGACAUUUUGGAAAGGUUAAGGUCACUCAGAACAUAUACCUUAAAUAAGUGAAAAGUUCCUUAUUUCAACAGUUUUUAGGGCCCUGCAUGAAAUGCGGGAGCCCUAUAAUAAUCACAUUGUCAGUCCAUCAACACUUUAUUUGUAACAAGAUAACUCUCAGUUUUCAUUGUACAGUUUUCAAAUUUUGUACAGAAAUAAUUUACAAUAAGAGGAAGACACCUAUAGAUUUUGGGGGUCAUGUCUGUGUGUAUGUUGUUAUCUUUGUUAUGACUAUCUAUUUACCACUGUCGAAGGGAGAUAAUUCAAUUUGAAUUAUGAUAUAUUGUAUUGAUAUAGAAAACUUACAAAAAAUAAGUCUACAACAUUUUGUAUGAGUAUAUAUAUAUUUUUUUUAACAUGAUAUUAAAAAAUGCUUGGUUUUACAUGUAUAUUAAAUGAAAUGUACGUCAUUCCCAGUCAACAACUCUUGAUCAGGAUCGGAAUACGAAAUUAAAUUGAAUGUCAAACAGAAGUAAUUUACAUUUGCAUAUGCUUCAUGAUUCCUUUUUCACGAAUUUGCACUCCGGUGUAUCUUUGAAUAUUAUUAAUUCUAACAUAUACACUGUACAUGUAUACCAGCCCCAAACAUUGCUAUAUCAAAUGCAGAUGUCACUUUCCUCUAAUAACCCUCAGCAGCGCCCUUGUUAACCGUGUCAGUUUUCUAGUUGAACAGCUAUUGAUCAUAUAUCAUACAAAUAAGUAAUUAUAGGCAAAUGGCUUUCAGACAAAGGUCAAUCAAGGUCAUUUUAUAUAUGAAUAUAUUUUAUAUAUGAAGAAGUUUUGAACAGGUAUUGGUCAUAUAUCACACAAAUAAAUAAUAGGUCACUUAAGGUCAUUUUGUAAAAGUCAAAAGAAACCAACCCUUCAUCAGUAUUUCAACAGUUAUUGAUCUUUGUAUGAGUCAUUCAUCAUCAGAAGUUCAUUUGCAUUUCAGUAAGCAUCCAUCAGACUUACUAAUAUCCCCGAUUUGUUUUGUUUUUUCUAUUUUUCAGAUAUAAAGAGGAGGAUGAAGUUUGAAUAAGUCGGACUUAUUUUGAUGUGGGAGUUCUUUGCCUCCAGUUCUAAAGAAUGUGUGGUGAUAAACUCCAUAAAUGCCUUUUAAAGAAUUUGAACUUGAUGCCAAAAAAAAAAAAAAGAAGAAAGAAUCCUGGUUCUAUAGCUUUAGUCUUUUCAUAUCUUUUUCUAUUAAACAGACAAUGCCAUACACAGGGGUGGGGGUGGGGGGGGCAGUUUACUUGAAAGUUAUGAACCAUAUUAAUAUAUUUUUCAAUUAUAUUUGCAACUUUUGUGUUGUGACAUUUUACUUAUUUGUUUACUGUGCGGUUAUUGGUACACUGCAGCAUUGUCUGAUUGGUUUAGUUUUUUUUUUAAUCCGGUGUUUUGGUUUUUGGGAUUUCUUUUUCAGAUUUUCAAACAUAUCACUUUGGUCAAUACUUAGUCUCAUUUUCAUUUAUUGCGCUUUAAUCGUUUUUAUUUUCAAAUGAAAGCUGGAAGAUGGUAUUCAAAUUUUGUGCAUUUUGAAUCUGGUCUUUCAAGAUGGACAUAAAUCAAGUGACAGUGUUACCAUUACUUGGAUCUAGAAUUUAUAUGACAAGUAAAUUUUCUCCGUAAAGGUGUAAUGUCUUAACUAUUUCAACAUUUUCUUUUCUGUUAAAUUUGAUAGCAGAUACAAUCAGACCUGUACAUCUGGUUUGUUUUCGGAGGUUUGUUGUAGAGUUUAAUGAUGUGAAGGUAAUGAUUUAAGUUGCCUGUUGAAGUGUUAUCAGUUAUCAGAGCUUUGUCUGUGUGCUGCCUUUAUAUCACGUGAAUCACUGUUAUAUAGUGAAGGCGUGCUUUGUUGGUUGGGAGGGGUAUUUUGUUGGUUGGGAGAUGUGUCAUUGUAGGUUCACCCUUGUGUACAACAUCUGACUUGAACUGUAUAGUGCUUUGCCUAAAUUAUAUUUUGUUGCAUCAUUAUAAUGUUUCAGAGAUGGAAGAUUGGGGGAGAGGUUGUUGUUUUGGGUCUGUUAUUCAAUAAGUUUAAUCUGUCUUUCCCAAGUUUUAAUAUUUGCUAGCUCAUGAAUUUUGAACUGUGUAAAACAGGGUAAAAUGCAAAGAUAAGGUCAAAGGUAAAAAGACAGACUGAAGGUCGCUGUCCAUGUUUUCUUAAGUUGUUUUUUUUUGUUGUUAGAAUGGUUGUAAAUGCACUAUUGUAAAUUACUGGUUGCUGGUGCUUUCCUUGUUAUGUGCCAUAAAUUUUAAAUAUUUUUGAAAAACGGGAUACAAUGGUUUAGCUCCCUUGCACAGCACGCUUUAUGUGUGAGCACUCUUCUGAAAUGUGAUCUUAUUGAAGUACAUUGUGUAACAAAGUACAUGUACAACAUUGCGUUUAGAUUAUAACCCCCCACCCCCUUUCUCCUGACCCCCCUCCCCCUUCCCCUGUCCUAAAUGUUAUGAACAUAUACUUGCAGUACCUAUUCUUCUGUUAAGCAUCUGGGGUCCAUUUGGAUUGAAUAUGGUACAUGCAAUGCAAGUGGAUUUUUUUAAUAUUUGAAAAACAUGUCCAGUAUAUCUCUCCAUUGAUUGGGUAGAAAUAUGUUGAAAUUCUUGUAGCCAGCCACACAUGAAAUUGUUUUGAAAUUUAUACUUGUUUCUUGUGUUUUGUUUAUUUUCUAGUGAGCAGAUGAGUGCAUUGUGAAUCAAAUGUUCUAAUGAUGUAAAAGAGGUAUUAUUGAAUUGAGACAAAUAAAUGGAGAAUUUUCCUUCAAUGAAA